AUGGCUGAAACACCGCAUCCCCGGUCCAUCCUUCGUGGCCAUGGCGCCCAAGUACAUGCCUUGGCCUUCGUCAGGAACAACAGCCGCUUAGCAAGCGGCGAUGCAGUUGGCUUCGUCGUCCUCUGGGAUCUCACCACACUUCGCCCAACAGUGGUAUGGCGGCCGCACGAGAAUGCCAUACUUGGGAUCCAGGGCUGGGGAGAAGAUUGCAUUAUUACACACGGACGCGACCAUAAACUCGCUGUAUGGAAGAUCAGUUCCGAAAACGAGGCCGGCCUCAGCAGGGCGCUACCACUUGACAGCAAUGCCCCGCCCCGACCUCAGCCCUGGCUCUUGCAUCUUAUCGAAGUGAACACUAUGAACUUUUGCACCUUUGCUUCAUGUCCACCUUUGGAGUCGACGGCACAGAGCAGCGAGCCGGAAUUGCUCGUUGCGGUUCCGAACACCCUCGCCUCCGAAUCUAUUGAUAUAUUCCAUCUGCCAUCCCAAACCCGCCGGGAUACGGUCAAGAGCCCUGGGACAAAUGGCAUGGUCAUGGCCUUGGCCCUGCUGCACGCUUACGAUCGCCUAACUCUCGUAGCCGGCUAUGAGAAUGGUGUUGCGGCUGUCAUGCAGCUGUCCAGUGAUAGCAGCAGCGAUAACGGCAUUUGGACCGUUACCUACAAAGCCAAGGCUCAUUCUGAACCCAUCCUCUCUCUGGAUGUCGCCCCGGACCAUUCUUACUUCCUCACCUCGGCCGCCGAUGCCAUCGUUGCCAAGCACCCGGUACUCACUGCAAGUGCAGCCCAGACUAGUGCUCCGGCGUCCUCGGCAACAGCUACGGCUCAUGAUUAUCCGAUCAAAGUGACUAAUACCAAGCAUGCGGGCCAGCAAGGCCUCCGUCUCCGUGACGAUGGCCGCAUAUUCGCCACUGGCGGCUGGGAUGCUAUGGUCCGCGUCUACUCGAGUAAGACUCUCAAGGAAGUUGCCGUUCUAAAGUGGCAUCAGGUAGGCUGCUAUGCAGUCGCUUUUGCCAACAUCCUGUCAUCUUCCGCCUCGUCGGCGCCUUUGCCUGGUGCCUCUGCUGAGAAGGAAGGGCCCGGCCAGGAUGUGGGACCACGGACCGGCGAGCUCAGCGUUAAGGAUAGACGCAUUCAACACGCCAAAACAGCUCACUGGCUGGCAGCCGGUAGCAAGGACGGCAAAAUCUCGCUCUGGGACGUAUUCUGA